GUCGGAGGUCUGUUCAAGUUGGAGGGUAAAGUCAUCAAUCAAUACACCACCGAUGAAAACUGGGUUCAACAGGCGAGAGUGUUAGUGGACGGAGGUGCUUACAUUGGGAUCAUCAAGGCAGACGGAUCAUUCGCAGUAAAUGGCCUCCCAUCUGGUUCAUACGUAGUUGAAGUUGUCCAUCCUUUGUUCGCUUUUGAUUCUGUAAGGGUGGAAAUCACGUCAAAGGCAAAAGUUAGAGCGCGAAUUCUAGAUAACAUUCAGCCAUUUCAGAUAAAGAAUGUGGUCUCCAACCCUCUGCGUCUCAGGUGCAAGGGGAGGUACCAAUAUUUUCAGCAGAGGGAGCAGUGGAGGAUCAGUGACUUCUUAUUCAAUCCCAUGGUGUUGAUGAUGUUCUUACCACUACUGAUGAUGUUCCUCCUACCUAAGCUGAUGAACUCUCAAGAUCCUGAAAUUCAAAAGGAAAUGCAACAGUCGAUGAACUGGAUGAAUCCGAAAUCAAAUUUGCCAGAACUUUCAGAACUGAUGACC